CACGUUCUCAUCGUUUUCGCCUCUCUCUCACACAGCGCGCGUGCCUCUCGCAUCAGCGGCGGCUUAACGGAUCGCUCGUGCAAGAGUGACCGGGCUCAUUACAAUCCAGUCUACAACGUCCACCGGCCGCGCGCUCUUCCCGGUGGCACUGCUGGACACAUAGAAACGCGUUAACAGCAAGUGAAGGUCCAUAUGGAACUAUGAGACCGGUGUAGACCUGUAAACGGACAUUAUUUGAAAACGGUGGACUACAUUGAUGGUGCCAUAACGAACAUGUCAAGACCGGAAAAUAUCUGAACUCGUUGACCAUUUGAAUUAUACACUGCCUAACCCUGCCUACCGAAGCCGGUAUCCAGUUGAGUGAGUGUAGUGGGGUCUAGCCUAUUUAAUUGACCAGUAGUGUUUGUCAGUGUCUGAGGAAUUCGAGACCGGAAUGGCAGUGCACGGAUGUAACCGGUCAGGGAUCAGGCAGGUGCUGCUACACAUCUUUGUACUUCUCAUCCCUCUAUCCGCCGCUCAAGGUCGCUCCUUUUUGGCUUCUGCAAGAAGACAGAAUCACCAUUUCAACCAAUCGUCUGUUGCUGUAGCACGGGAAGGGCGUGGUGACAGGACGGUUCUCAGCGAUGACUCAGCGGAGAGAGACCUCCUGAUUGGAGCAGGAAUUGGUUUAGGGGCUGGACUUCCUGUCAGCACUGUCAAUCGGCACCCCUCUCAUAAACAUGCCCACCUUGAUUUCCCGGAGGAGGAGACAAUCAGCGAGGAGCUCACGGCGGGCGGCGGAAGUCCUGAUCAGCCAGCACACCUCUCCUCUGAUGACAUCAUCACAGUGGAAUUCCACAGCCCAGCCCCUGACACGUCCAUGGCCUCUGACCUUUAUCCUGAUUGGAUGAAACCUCCAAAGCCCUUGCAGCAGAAGUCAGGAGACCCCACUGCCUGGACACUGUCUGACUUCUACGAAUACCUGUCCCCCGACGAUGACCUCUCAGCCCUGGAUACAACCCCCAAUCCUGAGCCCUCCCCCUCACCUCCACCCGACAUGGAAGAUGAGAACCCCCUCCUGGUUGGCUCUCCCGUUGUCCCCGACAACACAGAGCCCAACAGCAAUGCCCAACCCACCCAACCCCCACCAGUGGUGCUCGUGGGUCAAGGGUCAGGGAUGGAGGGGCGGGAGGGUCCAGACGGGUGUAGUUUGGGGUUCGUGAGGUCGGAAAGGGGGACAUGCGUGUCCCAGUGUGACAGCCAACCAAACUUCUGCAACAACGGCGGGGUGUGCCAGCUGUGGCGGGGGGUAGGAGCGUUCUGCAGGUGUAAUGUGCAGGAUUAUAUCUGGAACAAGGGCUUGCGCUGUGAUUGGGUGAUCACUGAGUUCCAGGUGCUCGCUGUUGUGGUGGGCGUGGCCUCUUUCAUGCUCCUCCUCCUCCUCAUGAUCAUCGUGUUCUUUGCCAAGAGGCUCCACCUGCUCAAGAAAGAAAACAAACGGCUACGCAAACGCAGUAGUAGGUACCGUCCCCACAGUGAGCCACAGACGGAUGGUUUCUCUGUCUCCACGGUAACGGACGGCUCCCACCCAAACGAUGACCCUCAGAAGCCGGAGGACCCUGUGAAAUCCCCUCCCCCCGUAGAAGAGGAAAACCUGAACAUCAGGAACUCUCAUUCGCCAAAACAUGAGAACAACCGGCCAACUUCUGUUGUCGACCACGGCCAUGGCCCCAGCCCUAACAACACUGACGAAGCGCCGGAGGUAAACUCUCACCAGAACAACAUGGCAUAAAACCACCAGCCCCCACAUUGAGACUAUAGAACAGCAACAUACCAUCAGCCCCCACACUGAGACUAUAGAGCAACCGUAUACCUCAGUGUACAGAUAGAACCACUGAGCUCAAAUCACACCCUAUUUCAGUAGAAAGUACCUAUUAGUCUAUACCACAGCUGCUGAAAACAAUUCAGAAUAAGUUGAAAUGAAACAAGCCCUGGCCAAAUACUUGGACUGGUCCAUAUAUGUAUCUCUCAAGUAUAUCUAUUAUAUACUUUUAGACUUUUGUCAAAAGUAGUGCAGUGUAUGAGGAUUAGGGUGUGACUUGAGACACACACCGCUAACUUCAAAA